AUGCCGUCCCCCAAUAAGGUCGCGCUGAUAACUGGUGCUGGGUCGGGCAUUGGCCUCUACACAGCCAGGCAGCUGAAGAAGGACGGCUGGGAGAUCUCGAUAGCAGAAUUGAACGAGAAGACUGGCCAAGCCGCGGCCGACGAGGUCAGAGGCAUCUUCACACAGGUGGAUGUCACCAACUAUGCUUCCCAAGCAAAGGCGUUCGCGCACACCUGGGAAAUGUAUGGACGAAUUGACUUCGUCUUCGCAAACGCCGGAAUUCUCGAUGUGGAAGACUUUUACCGCCCGUCCGAGUCGCUUCCUCCUCCCGAACCUAGCCUCCUCACGAGCAAGGUCAGCUGCGACGGCGCAAUCUAUACAGCUUUUCUAGCGAUGCACUACUUCCGCCAGAACCCCGUCGCAGGAGGUAGCCUGGUAAUUACAAGUUCUGCUUCCGCUCUGUACGAAGCCGCCAUCCUCCCAAUUUACUGUGCUGCCAAGUAUGCCGUCAUCGGACUGGUGCGUAGUCUUGGAAAGGAGCUGAAGAAGGAAAACAUCCGCGUCAACGCCAUCCUGCCAGGCGCCGUUCCGACAAAUAUCGGCCUUCCGGUGAAGUUGGUCAAGCUCGGCGUCAAGCCAACCCUACCAGAUGACAAGAUUACGAAGCCCGAGCAUAUCGUAGGUGCCAUCAAAGAACUUUUGGAUGACCCAAAUGCCUACGCCGUGUGUCUGGAGGUAAGCGCGGCGAAUCGCUAUCGUCGCGAGAAGCACGAAUACCCUGACGAGACCAUGGCAUACCUCAUGGGUGAGAAGGAAUCCUGGACGAAACAUUGA